CAGGGCGUUGAGACAGGUUUCGGGCUUGGGACUGCGCAGCCGCGAUCCGCGCAUGCCUGAAAACGCGACGGAAUUAAGUUACGUGCGCGGCGACGCCUGGGCCGCCAUACUUGGGUGACGGGAGCUCGCAGAGGACAAACUCCCACGCGCUUUUCCCGUGUCUCUUCUUUCGUCAGAGUGAGGCAAGACCUAAGAGGAGCUAAAACUAGGUCCAAGGUAGAGAGCGGCUCCAGUUAGAAUGAAGAAAAUAACAAGGUUAUCUCCGGAGGGUGGCGGUUGAGGACCUCACACGCGAGCUGGGUGGUGGCCGAAGACGUUGAGGGACGAGUGCAUUCUCGCCGAAGUUCAGUUGGGCGAUGCCAACUUAAGGGUCUGAGAGGGGUGGCAAGGAACUGAGAUUCACUCCGCGGAGGCUGGGCGAGUGCGGAAGCCCGAAGGGAGCGGACAGUCGCCGAAGGCCCCACUUCCUUUCCCCAGCCCAUCCCUCUCCGGCCAUGAGCGGUGUAGUGCGCACCGAGCCGCUGCGCGGGGAGCCUCCGCUGCGGGUGCCCGGCGACGCCUUUUCUGUGGUGGUUCUGCUGCAGGGCUACGCGGAGCCCGAGGGGGUCGGCGACGCCGUGCGCGCCGACGGCUCCGUGACCCUUGUUCUGCCCCAGGCCUGGGGCCCGGCCUCCGGCCACCGAGAGCCCCCGCCCGAGGGCUACGAGGCGAAGACCGCCCUGGAGGAGGCGGCCCGUGGCCCCAUCCUCGUGGACACCGCGGGGCCCUGGGCUCGAGAGGCACUCUUGGGGGCCCUGGCGGGGCAGGGCGUGGCCCCGGGAGAUGUGACUCUCGUGGUGGGGACCCACGGACACUCGGACCACAUCGGGAACCUGGGGCUGUUUCCCGCGGCGGCCCUGCUGGUCUCGCACGACUUUUGCCUCCCCGGGGGCCGCUACCUCCCCCACGGGCUGGCUGAGGAGCAGCCUCUGCGGUUGGGGCCGGGACUCGAGGUGUGGGCCACGCCCGGCCAUGGUGGCCAGCGGGACGUGAGCGUGGUGGUGGCUGGCACGGCCCUGGGUACCGUCAUGGUAGUGGGCGAUGUGUUUGAACGUGAUGGGGACGAGGACUCGUGGCAGGCGCUGAGUGAAGACCCGGUGUCCCAGGAGCACAGCCGGAAGAGGGUCCUAGCCACUGCCGACGUGGUCGUGCCUGGUCACGGAGCCCCCUUUAGGGUGAUCAGGGAAGCCUCGGCGCCAGAGACAGAGGGUCUGGGGAACAGCCGGCCAGAUCUCGUGAUCGGAGACAAGGAGCCCACGGUGCACCGAUAAACCCCAGUCUUGACUGAAUGCCUUUCAGGGACCCCAGCCCCCCACCCCCAGACAAGAAACUGACGUCCAGGACACGAGAGGAUGUGUCAGAGAGGAGUCAUGGGUUGUCACUUCCAGCCCUCGCAGGAGGCCAGUUUUCCAGCGAGGACAGAGUACUUUUGCCACAGCUGUCACCAGUAUCACUAGGACCAAGGACUGGCACAGCUUUGUGACACCUCUCGGGCUUCAUUAGUAAAAUGGCAGAAUGUUCUUGGGAGAGUCUUCCAAAAUAAAAGUAGAAACUGCAUUGAAAAUCAUACUGCCCUUCAACUAUUCUCCAAUAAAAAAUUAAAAAAAGUCAUACUGCCCUAAAUGUAAAUGUGAAGCGUUCAUAGUGAUAAUCAUGCAGAUAUAAUCCAGCAAGUGCAACAAGGAGACGCUUUGGCGAUACAUCGCCUGUUUCUCAGAGGAAGCAGCUUGCUGAGAGAAGGUGCAGGGCAGACAGGUAUUCUAGUCAUCUGACUUUAAGUUAUUAAUUCGUUCAAUGAAUGCUGCUUAACACACCUGCAAUGUCUCAAGCACGGCUCGAGGUCACGGGGAUACAGCAGUGAGCAAGCCAGACAAACUCAAGGAGACAGGACACCUUUCUCUUUAAUGAAAUUGUUCAGAUGUGCAAGGGAUUACAGUAAGUGUGAUCACAGUAAGUGUCCUGAGGUUGGAACCACACAACAGACCAGAAAAAAAAGAUGCUAUAGUCUGUGCCCAUUCAUGCUCUUCGUCCUCCUUCAAUAUUAAUAAAAUGUAAUGGAGAGUCCCUACCUUUUGUUGAACUCAUAAUUGAGUUUUAGCAUUUUAAUGAUUAUUCUUUAUGAUUUGUAGGGGCCACAUGGCCCAUAAUGCACAAUUAGAGGUUAGAUGCCCUUUCCAAGGUCAUUGGCUCUAUACAACUUUUGUAAAUAUGACUGGUACAUUACUUUUAUUAUUCAGUUAGCUUUGGCAAUCAGGAACUUAAGACAUAAUUGGAUCACGUCAAGUACAGUUACAUUGCACAUGAAUCCAAGAAAAGAAUGUGAUGAGUACACCACAAGUUUAAUUCAGGGUUUUCUAAUUGUUUAAUCCUAAAAUACAGUUCCUCUCAUCUCACUGGAACCCACACACUAAAUUAAGGACUUCUGGCUGCCAGAAUUCAUUUGUGUUCUUGGAUUUUCACUUUGAAAACUUCCAAAGGAGCCAAGGAAUCCUGCUGAUAGCAGAGUAAGCCUCAGCUAUGGAAGUCAAACUGGUGAUAAAUAUGAAGAAAACCGUAAUCAGUUUUAAUGAUACAAAUAGCAUAGUGCCUGGACCAGGGGAGUCCAGGGAAAUGUUCAGCGUAGUUCAUGGGUGGAAUUCAACAAUUUUUUUUUUCAUACACACACACUGUAUUUUAUUUUUACAAGAGAUAAAUAGACUGACACCGAGCAUUGUAAAUGGAUGACCACAACAGAAGCAACAAUGACUGCAGUUACCAAACACGAAACACACUCACACUAUGUCAUAAUAUUGACAUUCAGUCCAGGAAUCCUCCACUGUAACAGCUCCUUUACUUUGCAGUGAAAAUUGAUUUGUACAUUUUUUGCCUCUGAGUCCUUGUGGGAUUUUUUUUUUAAUUCAAACAGAAAGUCACAAAACUUAUAAUCAUCCUCAUCAGUUCACUCAGUCCCGUGUAAUUAAUUUUUUUUCAUCUUGAUCUUUUGUUAGCACUUUUAUGAGUUCAUCAGUUUUCCAUUAGAGUUCUGAAAAUGCUUAUUCAUUCAGUUCAGCAGUAUAGUCAGUUACCAGAAACCUGUACUUGUCAGAGUCUUUUCCAUGAAUUCCUUGAAGAUGUGAGUGUAAAAUUCUUGGGUGUUUUUGUUUUGUUUUCUUAUAGUUUGUGGUCUUUGCAAGCAUUGUUCCACUGUCUUCUAGUGUUCAAUGUUGUUGUUUAUUAAUCUAAGUCAAUCUUAAAUUUUCUCUUAUAGGUGACUUAAACCUAUUUUGCUUAAAUGCCCAAAGGAUUCUUUCUUUAUUUUUAAAUGUCAGUGAUUUUACAAGUGAUGCCCUGAUGUUGGCUCUUUUGUGUCAGUUUUUUUUUGGUAUGCAUGUAAUAAUACAGAUUUCAAUCAUGUGAAAGAAAAAUGGUUUGAAUUAGAAUAAGCUGAAAAAUCCACAAUUGUGUGAAAUAUGGCAUGGAUUCAGCUCUGAAGUACAGAAACAAAUAAACAAAACCCAGGAGCUUAAACAAAUUAGAGAAAAAUUGUGUGUCUCACAUAAGGAGAAGU